AUGGCUUCUUUUGUUACACUUCUCCUUUUGCUCUUCCUUCCAAUUCAACCCGAUUUAUCCAUGGCUAACAUAACUAUUAGCUCGUCGCUGACCACUAAUGGAAAUAUGUGGUCUUCACCAUCGGGGGAUUUUGCUUUUGGAUUUCGCCAACUGGGAAAUUCAAACCUUUUUUUGCUCUCCAUUUGGUUCAACAAGAUUCCUGCCAGGACUAUUGUUUGGCAAGCAAAUGGAAACAACCCACUGCCAAGAGGAUCAAAAGUUGAGCUGACAGCAAGCAACCUUGUGUUGAUGGAUCCUAAAGGCCUACCAAUAUGGCAGGCAAAUCCAGCUACCACGGUAAUCUCUGCUGCCAUGCUUGACACGGGAAACUUUGUGCUUGAAGGUAACGAUUCUCGUACUUAUAUUUGGGAGACUUUCAAGAAUCCUACAGACACUAUCUUGCCAACCCAAAUAUUGGAUUUGGGCAGCAAGUUGUUUUCUAGACUAACAGAAACCAACUACUCGAAGGGAAGGUUUGAGCUCAACUUCUCGAAUGGCAGUCUCAACCUCAAUCCUAUUGCUUGGCCAAGUGAAUUUCCAUAUAAUUUUUAUUACAGCAGUCGUACGUAUAAUGAAAAUCCUUCAGAGUCUGGCCAUCAGUUGGUUUUUAAUGAAUCGGCGAACAUUUACAUAGUUAAAAUGAAGGGAGAAAUUGCUCAGUUUCCUCGCUGGGGUGGUAUAAAUUAUACUGUUGAUAACUAUUAUCGAGCAACUCUGGGGUUUGAUGGAGUUUUCACUCAAUAUUCUCAUCCAAAGCAUUCUACUACUAGCCAAGGUUGGUUGCCACUGCAAUCCAUUCCUAUAAACAUGUGCACCGCUAUAUUUAGUGAUAUUGGUAGUGGUCCUUGUGGUUUCAAUAGCUACUGCUCAAUUCAAGAAAAUAGGCAGCCCACUUAUGACUGCCCUCCUGGAUAUGUGUUCCUGGAUCCAAAUAACAGACUUGGAGGAUGCAAACCCACUUUUCCACAAGGGUGCGGACUGGACGAUGGAUUGAGAGACCCAGUAGAGUUAUACGAACUUAGGCAGUUUGAUAAUGUAGAUUGGCCGUUGAAUGAUUAUGAGAGGUUGGCACCAUACAACCAGACGGAAUGUGAAAAAUCUUGCUUGCAUGAUUGUUCAUGUGCAGUUGCCAUUUUUGACGGCAGUCAAUGUUGGAAGAAGAGAUUGCCACUCUCCAAUGGAAGGUAUAGGCGCACUGGUUUUUCAAGGAUUCUAUUCAAAGUAAGGAAAGAAGUUCCUGCUGGUUAUUGCAACAUUCGCAGUGAGAAAGAGAAACCGGUUCUACUACCUGCACUUUUGGGUAGUUCUGCAUUUCUCAACGUGAUUUUGCUGGUUGUGACUUUUCUAAUUUUGUUCAGGAGGCGCGAGAGAAAAGUGAAGAAGGAAGGGUCAGAUCCCAGCAUUUCUGGUUCAACAUUGCGUUCCUUCACUUACAAGGAACUUGAAGAAGCAACAAAUGGGUUUAUGGAAGUGCUUGGCAGGGGUUCCUUUGGCAUAGUUUAUAAAGGCAUCCUGAAAUCAAGUUCAAGAAAUGUCAUUGCGGUCAAGAAGUUGGACAGGUUGGCUCAAGAAAGAGAAAGGGAAUUCAGGACUGAAGUGAAUGCAAUUGGGAAGACUCAUCACAAGAACCUAGUUCGGUUGCUUGGAUACUGCUAUGAAGGGUCUCAUCGGCUUUUGAUAUACGAGUUCAUGAGUAAUGGCACUUUAGCAAACUUCCUUUUUACACUUCCAAGACCUGAUUGGCACCGGAGAAUCAAGAUCGCAUUGGGGAUUGCCAGAGGGCUUCUCUAUUUACACGAGGAAUGUGAUUUCCCUAUCAUCCAUUGUGAUAUUAAGCCUCAAAACAUACUUCUAGAUGAUUCUCCCACAGCAAGAAUAUCCGACUUUGGGUUGGCAAAAUUGUUGCUCUCAAGUCAAACACGAACUCAUACAAUGAUCAGAGGAACACGAGGCUAUGUGGCCCCUGAAUGGUUCAAGAAUGUGCCUGUAACUGCUAAAGUGGAUGUCUACAGUUUUGGGGUACUGUUAUUAGAGAUCAUUUGCUGCAGAAGGAGUGUUGUAAUGGACCUUGAAGAAAGCGAAGACGAAAAAGCAAUACUUACAGACUGGGCUUAUGAUUGUUACGUUGGAGGGAGAAUUCAUCUUUUGGUGGAUAACGACAAGGUGGCAAUGGACGACAGAGAGAGGCUGAAAAAGUGGGUAGAGAUAUCACUGUGGUGCAUUGAAGAGGAACCUUCAAAGAGACCUACGAUGAAGAUGGUAAUUGAAAUGUUAGAAGGUUUUUUAGAUGUUCCUUUGCUACAGCCCCGCUUUCCCUUCAGCUCAAGUGGGGAGAAUCAAAGUCAAUGGUAA